UCUAGAUGUUGUGUUGGAGAUGGAUCCUACAUCUGUGUCAGAGAGGGAGAAUGUCACACUGAGAUGUAGAACCAAAUGUACACUGGACCCCAUCACAGAGUACAGUUGGUAUAAGAAUGGACAGCCUAUACCAAACAGCAACACCUCCUCUCCUGUCUACAUCCUAUUCUCAGUCAGCAGUGAGGAUACAGGCAGAUACUCCUGUUCUGUAGAAGGACAUGAGGAUCUCCCCUCUGCUGAAGAGACUCUCACUGUCACAUAUGGUCCAAGGAACACCUCAGUGUCAGUCAGUCCCUCUGGUGACAUAGUGGAGGGCAGUUCAGUGACUCUGACCUGCAGCAGUGAUGCAAACCCACCUGUGGACAAAUACACCUGGUACAAGAAGAACGUAACCUCACCAAAAGCAUCAGGACAGAGUUACAGCAUCACUAACAUCAUCUCUGAGGACAGAGGAGAAUAUUACUGUGAGGCCCAGAAUGGAAGAGGAUCUAUGAACUCUACAGCUCUGAUGAUCAUUGUAGCAGAGAAACAAACCUCAGUUCUAACUGCAGCUGUAGGAAUCAUAGUGGUUGUUCUGGGUGUCAUACUGGCUUCAUGUCUCUCUGGACUCAUGUGGUUCAGGAAGAAGGUCUCCAAAACCACCUCUGACACAAGACACACGGCAGGCAAUGGACAGGGAGACUCUAGUCCAGUGUAUGACAACAUCUCAGGCAUGGCCUUCACCCCUUCUGCAGCACAGACAGCGGCCACCGUCGACCAAGAUGACAUUCACUUCGCCAGCUUCCACGUCUCUCACUCCAAAAACCAGGAAGUGCCUCUGUACUCCACCGUCCAACUGCUUCAACCCCAGAAAGAGGAUGAGGAUGUCCAGUACGCUGCUGUGAAUUUCAACCUCCCCAGUGCUGCCACCUGGUCCACGGUGGAACAAGCAGCUGAGGAGGAUCCCUCUGUUCUCUACAGUACAGUCAACAAACCCAGAACCAAGAAGACCUGAACACAAUAAACCCAGAACCCAGAAGACCUGAACACAAUAAACCCAGAACCAAGAAGACCUGAUAAACCCAGAACCAAGAACUGAAAACAACAAACCCAAAACCAAGAACUGAAAACAACAAACCCAGAACCAAGAACUGAAAACAACAAACCCAAAACCAAGAAGACCUUGUAUAUCUGGGCCCGUAUAUUAUAACUAAGUGGUAUAAUUAAGCAAUAAGGUCAGAGGCGGUGUGGUAUAUUGGCCUAUAUACUGUACCACGGCUAAUGACUGUUGUUCUGCACAACGCAGAGUGCCUUGAUACAGCCCUUAGCCGUGGUAUAUUGACCAUAUACUACAAGCCCGAGGGCCGUAUUGCUAUUAUAAACUGGUUACCAACAUAAAUAGAAAGUAAACAAAUAUUUUGGUGUCAUACCAGUGUUCUAUUGUCUGAAAUACUGUAUGUGAAAUGAAAUGCUUAUUCAGCCAAUCAGCAUCCAGGACCUAAACUACCUGGUUUAUAAUAGUAUCUAGUAAUAUACAGUGCAUUCAGAAAGUAUUCAGACCCCUUGACUUUUUCCACAUUUUGUUAUGUUACAGCCUUAUUCUAAAAUUGAAUAAAUAUUUUUUUCCCCUCAUCAAUCUACACACA